UGGGGAAGGAAGACUGUUAUGCAGAUCUGUUUGAGGGUUUUGAUGUCUUCUUUAAACAACAGGUUCUUUUUUCUAAAUAACUUUUUCCUAAACCUUUCCCCAAUACACUAUUUAUGCAGAUUUAAAAAAAAAAUAUAGCUAGUGACAAUGGUCAUUAAACAAAACUAUAUCCCAGUAAAAGCAAAAAACAAGGUAUUUUGAUACUGAACCUUGACUGAACAGUUUCAAAAGCAUUUUUAAGGAGCUUUGCUCCAAACUCCAUGAAAGGCUGUUUUUCUCUAUGCCUCUCCUCCUUUCUCAGUUUUCUGCGUGUUGGAGCUGAUGGCAGCUCACAGGGAGCGCAGGCAGAGGCAGCUGUUCUGAGGAGGAUUUAACAAUCAGGCAGGAGGAGGUGCAUUGGCACGUGGUGGGGACUACACUUCCCGAGAGGCCCCGCUGUGGCCAUGCCUCCCUUUGGUGGAAACCCAGGCUUUAUCAAGAGCUGGAGGGACCAACUGACGGCUCUCACUGGGGACAAGCAGCCAUGGGGCCGAGGUGUGGGAUGAGGACCACCAAGUGCCAGCUGCUGGCAACCAGCCUCUGUGUCAUGCUGCUGGGGUUGUCCAUUGCCACGCUGAGCACAGUCACCCACUACGGACUCCAUUUCACCCUCAUCAGCAAUAUCUCCCUGGAGAGCAACUCCUACAGGUUCAUCCACUACGCAGCUUUCUACUUUGGCAUCUGCCUCAGCAUGACCUUGAUCCUCGCAGCCCUGCUGAGCUCUGCUGCCACGGUGCGGGAAUCACAAUGCCUCACUGCCAUGGGAUUUUUCUGUUUUGCUCUGGCCUUCUGCGGAUUGAUCCCAGCUGCCUGCUGGAGAUACAUGCACAGCACGGAGGUGGAAGACAGCAUGAUGGAUGUGUAUGAUUUUGUGUACGAGGAGGUGAGGAGGAACUCCUCCAGCUUCAGGAGGCACGAGCUGACUGCCAUCCAUGAAGCAUUCCUGUGCUGUGGGAAGCACUCUCCAUUUGGGGACACGACCAACGUUGAGCACAAGACAUGCCCAUCCGGCCAGAUACGCAGUGCAGGACAGGACUGCCUGCAAGAGAUCAGAGACUUCCUGAGGAAGCACAUGGACUUCAUCUCCACACUCCUGGGUGUCACCAUCGGCUUCAUGGUUUAUGGGAUGAUUCUGACUUCAUUCCUCUGGUUUUCCAUCCACUUCAGCAACAACCUGGACCGUAAAGGCAAAUACAUCCUGCGAGAAAGGUAGAAAGCCACUGCCUGGGCAUCCCUACCAGGUAGAGCCAGCUCUUGGCACAGGAAGAAGUCUGAAGUCACCCACAAAGUCCCCUGGGAAGGUGUUGUGUGGGGGCAGACAGUGGGACGUACGUCACGCGUUUCCCCUUCCUGCACUACUGGCUGUCGUGCAUUUCUGAGCUGGUCGGGGUGGACAAUGCUCUGUGGAGGAGGAGUCCCACAUCUUGCCAAAAAUGGGCAAGGACUGAGACAUGCACCUGGGCUCAGAGGGACAGAGCCCCUCACUAGGGGACACAGAUGCUGUAGCUCUGUAAGCAGGACACAAACAGCCCCUUGGGGAAAAAGAAAAAAAAAUCAGAGAGAAAAGCCUACUAAAAAUCGCAGCAUUAAACCAAACUUCUCCUGCACUGUCAUCUAAGUAGUUCCCCGUGACCCCCAAAGAUGCCAUGUUACUAGGAAGAUGGCUUUAGAUCACAGCCCAGGACCAAUCUUGUGCUAUCAGCAAGUACAAAGACACAAAGUGUGCCAUUUCUGAUGGGAAAUGCGCUCUCCUAGCUUGGACACUCAUAAUGAUUGACUUUGGGCAUGUUUCUGAUCAUGCUUGAGUAUGUAGGCAUCCAAUGACCAUCGACUGUUUUUCCGCCAUUUUCAAAUAUUGACAGAUUUAUAUCGUUUUUGAUAGAGAUCAGAAAAAAGAUCAGUGCACGAGCUUUUAAACAAAUGACCAGCAGAAGGUCAUAUCCCCUCUGUUACUCCUCCUUGCUAAUGCAAUACACUAUUAAUUAUUAAUUCUUAGGAUUUAGUCAGCCUCCGAGGCCAUGAUACCACACUGAUUUCAUAGGAGCUUGUUCAACUUCCAGCCUUAGCUCUGUGUUUAUCUAGCUUUACUAACCCACUGUGCUGCUGUGCAGCACAAAAGGACUUUGAUAUCACUCAUACACACAGGACCGAAGUUUAAAUCUGUAAGAGAAUAGGACUGAUCUCCAGCCAAGUCAAACAAUACAACAUCCAACUACUCGUCCUCUUUACAUCACCUUAUCAAUAACAAACAGAAAUCUAAAAAGCCUCAGUCAGCUGAAGAACUCCUCUCUCCAUCUAGCUCAAACAACAGCUCUCUGGUGUGCUUUGCCCUCAUUGCAAGGAGGCAGAGCGACUUCUGAGCUGAAACCCAUCACUGCAACAGAUUUAGCACCUGCUGUCAUCUAUAUGGCUAUGUGAAAUGUCUGUUGAACCAGAACCAGCUCUCACCCCUCUCCAUCAUUGUGGCUUUUAGACGUGAAAAACAGUAAGUAGCAGCUGUUUAUUAAGAUGAACGUGGAAACCCCCAUACUGAUGUUCAGGGACUGUUCCUAGUACUCAGCUGUGGGCUUGCUUCAUGUACAAGAACAGCAGUAUAGCCUACAGCACCUUCCCUGUCUUGGUUAGCAUUUUAACAUGGCUGCAAAUAUCUUGCAUUGGAAAGAACUGUGUUGAGGAAGGGGAAAGCGCUAUUGCUCCCAAUCCCUCUCCCUUGGGACCAGUGGAGCUUCACCAUUGACUUUGCUGGAAGCAGAAUCAAAUUCAGGCUGCUCCAAGUGUUACUCAAGCUACCUCCUGGCAGUCACCAACAUGCCUCAGUCUUGCAGGGAUUUAGUGGUGAUAUACACUUGCCAACAUACCUGCUUUCUAGCAGUAGGGAAAGAUUCAUUUUUGUAAAUAUAUGUACUAUAAAGUAUAUUGCUCUCUGGAGAUAAACAAUCUCCAUUGUGAGCUCCAGCUGCUGUUGUCCAGGUCACUGCUAUUGUUAUUCCUCAGGCCAGCUGGCAGCUCAUGUGACUCAUGGUUGCUUCAAUAAAGAUGAAUUCCUUGCAAAAGGCCAUCAUUCCUUCUCUUUUUCUGCCAUGCAUGAGGCUGCCUGCAUUGCUUGGAGGUUUGUGUCAUGGAAAGCCUGCAGUAAUCCUUCAUGUGCUGGGAAGAGAUAUUCCCUGGGCAGCUGGUGGUCACCUAGCCCAGCAGCACCCAAGAGGGAGAAGAUGGUGUUGAUCCUUUGGAGGAAAAGGAGCCACUCAUCAGCCUCAUCCUACCCUUGGCCAGCUGCUGGCAGAGCACGCAUGUACCUUGUGAGGAGUAAUGCAAGCAGGGGCAGGAAAAAAAACAAACUUGAGGACAGACGUAAGCAAUAAAGACUGGAGUGUUUAUAUGAAAUAAA